AUCGGGAACGCCGAUAGUAGCGUGCUCUGGUAGUGAGGAGUGUCGAUACUUGACGUCUCGCCGCAGUGAAGGAUCUGACUCGGGCUGUGGUGAUGAUGCUGAGGAUCGGGGAGAUAGUAUGAUAUUCCAUUUGGGAUUGCUGGAUCCUGAACACAUCUUUGAGUUCCUGGACAAGCAUAAACACACUGGUCUU